CAUAAUUUUUUCAUGGGUAAAAUAUUAACGGAAAUUGUCAGUUGAGUCUGCUGUGCUGCUUUAUAUAUAUAACAAUAUCAUAUUUUGAUAAAGACUUAAGCAAAGAUUAUAUACACGGAUAGAUCUGCCACUCUGUAUAAAAAUUUGACGACAAAGUUCGAUCCCAGCUACAUCUCUCGACUGGCUCCGUACCAGUUAUUCAUUUCAUCCUUAUAUAGGGAAAAAAGAUUUCUAUAAUCAAAGGUUCUUUUUUGUGCAUUUAAAAGUUAUUAUUUGUUGCGAAUUGUGCAGGGUCUGUGACUGGCUCACAUCUAAAAGCUUACUUUUUGGUGUUUUAUUUUUGAAUGUUUAUCAAUCUGGAUCCUGAAACUAAGUUGCAAUCAUGCAUCGAGAAAUAACCAAGAUUAUUGAAUGAACAACACAAGGUGUUUGAUAUUGUUUGUUUAUUAGCUAUUUGCAUUUUUAUGCAUUUGAAAGUUAAUAUUUGUUGCAAAUUGUGCUGUCGUGUUUACUUACUCAAUAUGAGUAAACGAGUAAAGGCCUGCUGUGUACCAGGAUGCACGAAUAAGCAACUGAUAAGACAUUCCAUUCCUACGAAUGAAGAUGUUUGCAGAAUUUGGUUGCAAAGAAUAAAUAACCCCAAGUUAAUGCGUGCUGAUACAGUAUUAUCAUCACAUAGAAUAUGUGAUAUUCAUUUUGAACCAAUUUGUAGAAACCCCAAUGGCAGGUUAAAAAAACUUUCACUGCCAACUCUACAUUUACCUGGUUACGAAAAAGAUGAAAAUGAUAUUUUUUGGGUACAGGAGCAACCAUCUUCAUUUUCAACUCCAAAAAGGCUGGUAGAAUCAAUUUCAAAGACUAGUUCCUCUAUCAGCACCUUUACUGGUAACAGCCCAAUAGAGGGAACAAAAAAACCUGUUAAGGUGUACACAAGGAAGCGAUUAUUUCAAGCACUUGUUGAAGAACCUUGUAGCUCCUCUAGUAUGCUGUAUGAACCAUCAAUAUUGACUAAUAUGGAAACAGAUAAACUUGAAGGACACUCUGCUGUGACAGAAAAACGAGAGAAAAGGUACAUGCCAAACAGUUUUCAAAGCAAUGAUUUUUGUGAAAAUAUUGCAAUAGAAUUUCCAGAUAAUUACACAUCUACUUACCAGAUAAUAGAUUCAGUAACAAAUGAAGAAUAUGUGUUAGAUGAUACAAUGGUUUCAGGUUUAUCAAAUGUAAAUUUGCGAACAGGUAAAAUGGUUUUGUAUCUUCAAAUGACUGAAGGUCAACUUCGAAACAAUAUGAAAAUAGAGGAAAUUCCGAAAUGUGAAGAGUGUAAACAAGACGCGGUAGGAAAAUCAGUUAUAAACUGUGACAAAGGAUGCGGGAAACUGUUUCACAUUUCCUGCGUUCAAAUAUCAAGACAAAAUUUAGAUCUACUGAAAAUGAUUGAGGGGGUUACGUGGCUUUGUAAAAACUGUAGAAAUAAAUAAACGUAAUAAAUAGAAAAAUGAAAUAUUUCGUAUAUAAAAAAAUAAACAUUUUUUAUAAAUACUAUUAUUUUUAUUUGUCCUCAAAUUUGAAGAAACAAACUAACAUUAGAACAAAUAUAUUUUGAAUUAUACAUUGAGAAUGUUUCCAAAGGCUUAAACGAAUCGAUUUUCACCAAAAUAUGAACGAAUGUGUGAUACAGUGCUUUCGAAACCAGUCAAGGAGUGCAAGAAGAUUUACAAGGAUAUAAUAUUUUACUAAUGAAUUUAUAACCAAGUGAAAGAUUGAUUACCAAAUC